AUGCGUUCCACUUUCAAUGGUGGAGGAAGUGCUGCCGCUCCGGUUCGCUCUCCUAAAACGCAGGACUAUCCUGUUGCCGCUCCGAUCUUUGUGAAGAAUCGCUAUGGUCGUGAGGACAUGUUAGCCUUGAUGGGAGAUGCUGCUGGUCAUCCACCUCCUGAAGGCCUUCAAAAUUGCCCUUUCUAUGUCGAAGAAGCCCUUCCUCCGAUAGUCUGCUAUCCGCUAUCGGAUUUGGAACAGCGUCUUCAACAGAACAUCAACUCUUCUAAAGCGAUGUCAUCACUUUCUCACGCAGAACGUGCUAGUGUGGCCACCGGUGCGGCAUAUAGCGGUGGUGGGAAUGAAAGUGCUGGUGGUCAUAAAGGAGCUGCUGGAGGCUGGACUCCAGUCAAGCAGUGGGGUCGCAACCAUCCGAACGCUGGGGCACCCGUGAAAGGAGGAGGUCCAUCGCGACCAUAUGUACCACCAUGUCGAAAUGCAAAUCGAGGCCGUGGUGGUUCGCAAGCACCAGCUCGGGGAGGUGGCGUUUCUGGAACGGCUUUCAAUUCUCGAGCACAGGGUUUGUAUGACCCUCGUGACCCGAAAGGGAAUCUGGUGAUGAAGCAACCAGUGCAACGGGUUCAUUUGAUGAACAUGGACGAUUCCGGAAGAAGGUAUGAAAGGCAAAAGUCAACAAAUAACGAAAACCAGAGCACCGAGAAGAGCGCUCCACCUUUACAGACGCCUCGUGAUUCCAAUCCUCCAUCAGGAGACGUAAAUGCUUCAAAUACCGAAACCGACGGUUCACGAAGUUACAUGGCUAUGCGGCCGCAAGCUGAACAACUUGGAUAUCAUUCCGCUGUGCCUUCGCAACAUCCAGGUGUUGGUGCUGGACCUGUACCCAGUGCUCCCCCACCAAUGAUUCAUCCACCUACUCCUCAGUUCUUCUACUUGGAUCCAACCAAGCAAGAGCGCGGUCCUUUCGAGAAGCUUCAAAUGGACAGCUGGUAUAAACGUGGUUAUUUCACGGAAGGAUUGGAAGUUAGGCGUCAUACUGAGACAAAGUACAGAACGUUAGGCGAAUUGAUGCAGUUGAAUGGACGAAUGACACCGUUCGACUAUAAAGAUGAUGUAGCUUCUCACCCACCGGUGACAAUGUUUUCGAAUCCAUCCCAACCGUACCCACCCCUCUUCGCAAGUGGAGGAAUGUGGAGCGACCUAGGCGCCCCUGCAAAUAUGAUGUACAGUCAAGCGGGCUAUGAUCCUAUUGCUGCCGAAAGAAAGCGAAUCGAGGAAGAGCAACGACGGAUACUAGAGGAACAAGCCAAAAUGAGAGAAUACCAGGAACAUCUUGUGCGGGAAUUACAGAAGCAGAGGGAAGAACAUGAGAAACAGUUAAUGGAGCAAAAACUUGCGCUUCUCAAGCAUCAGGAGGAAAUUGAACGACGAGAACGUGAGCUGAAAGAGUCAGCUGAAGAAACGAAAGCCCGACUAGAGAUGGAAAGGCUUGCGCUUGCUGAGAAGGCUCGCCAGAUUGAAGAGGAACGAUUGGCCAAAAUCGAGAAAGCCGCUGAGGAAGCCCGUAAGAACGCUGCAGCGCAGGCCGAAAAGGAAAAGCGUCAGGAAUCUGCGAAAAGUUUCGAGAUUGAAGAAGUUUGGCAGGCAGCGCCAAAGCCUUCUCAAGCAGGUGCGGAUGGUGGAAGCGCAACAAAGAAGUCCAGCACAACGAAAGUUGCGCCGUGGGUAGCAGCAUCAGCCGUACUCCCAGCAAAAGAAAAGACUUUGAAGGAGAUACAGGAAGAAGAAGAGCGGCAGUUGCGCGCAGAACAAGCACAACAAGCUCGCCUGAGAAAAGAACAGGAGACGAUUAACCUCCAAGCGAGUGCAACUUGGUCCAAUGCAUCGCAACGUCUUCAGUGGAGCCAACCAGCCCAGCAAAGCCCUGCCGCUAAAACGGCAGCUGUCGUCAAGCCAGCUUGGGGUGGAGCCGGUGUUGAACCACAAAAAGCUGCUUCUUCUCCAUUCUGGGACGGUCCACCAUUGCAGACAGCUAAUAAGGCUCCAUCCAAUCCAUCUAAGAAAUCUUCGGCAGAAAAAGUAUCUAAUACGAAGUCCUCCGCUUCUAAAAGCGGCACUAAUGCUUUGGCAAAUGAAAAGGCUGCCAAACGAGCUCUGGGUAUGGGUGAGGACAAUAGUGUGUUCUUAGAAUGGGUAGUGCAGCGAUUGAAGGAGCUGAAUUCGACUGUUGAAGCGGAAGUGCUCGCAAUGUUCAUCGAAGGUGUUGAGAAUCCUGACGAGGUGGAAGACUACGUUAUGGGAUACCUGGGAGAUUCGAAGGCUGUUAAGGAAUUUGUUAGAGAAUUUCUACUGAAACGAAGUGAUUUCCGUAAUCGUAAACAACACGGUGUAAAAAAUGAUCUCUCAAGUGCUCGUGGAGCUCCAGUGUCGGGUAAUGGAGCAGGUUUUUCGGCGGGCGCUCGGCUCGUUGUUGAUGGCUCAUGUUUGGGUUUCCGUGCGACCUCAGAUCCAAAUCGGGUCAACCAAGGAGAAAUUGAGACUGUAACAAUUGCAUCUGGACAGAAGAGAUAG